AUGCGGCAGACUGUUACCCAAGGAGGACCUCAGAGACUAAACAUCUAUGCGAAAGCAAAUGUCAUCGGCCAAGUGGUUGCGGCGUUGCAAGGGCAUGAGGAGUUGGAACAUCUCCGGCAAACGCAGUUCGCCGGAUUGCUGAAUCUUCCGGUAGCACGAUCCUCUAAUUCCGCUAAACUUAUUCACGCUCUGCUUGCCUGGCAACUGGUGACUAGGAGAAGAUAUGAACUGUGGACAGUGUUCGGUCCGAACCCAAUUCGUUUCUCGCUCAGGGAAUUUAAACGAAUUACUGGGCUCUACUGCGGGAAAAUUCCGGAGGACCAUUUGGCGGAGAGGGAGACAAGUCCAGAAAGAAGUUCAUCAAGUCAGUCUACUGAAGACGAUGAUGGGAAAAAGAAACAAAUGUCAACUAUGUGGAAAGACUUGUUUGGGAGGAAGGAUGCGCAAGUAACUGUUGAUGAUGCCAUUGCCAUGCUAGAGGAUCCGAAUUUGGCUCAGUGGAAAAGGAUGCCCCUGGCUCUUAUAAUCCUGGUGGAAGGUGUUCUUAUAUGCCGUGGACAAGCAUCUCGUAUUCACACCCUCAUACGUGGAUAUGCUAUGCGAUAUGGAGUACUUCCUCGAGUUUCCUUGGGGCAGAGAAUCUUUCUUGAAAACGAUAGUUAG